AUGGCUGAAUAUUCUAAAAUCCAGCCCUUAUCUCACAAAUACAAUGACCAGUCCUCUGAGCAAGACGAUGCCGAGGAUAGUUACCUUGAAGAAGUUCAUUUUCGUCAACCCAGGAUCUCAACUCUGCGUUGGCUGCGUCAAGAGGCCCGCACCAUAUUCCUUCACACCUUAUUCCUUCUAUCCAACGUUGCUGCACUAAUGGCAUAUGCCUCUGGGUGGUUGACACUCAGAGAUUUCCCAGACCCUCAUGAUAAAACACCCUUUCGGCAUGUAAUAGCGUACGAGGAGCGGCCUUUUGCACUCCAGUCGAUAUAUUUGGAGAAUCACACGGUGAACCCGGCCAAGGCUAAUCAGUUCAAUGGACCCCCGAGGCAAGAUCUGGAGGAUGCUUGGGAUUCUCUCAUGCAGCAUCAAAAUAUUCGAGUUCAUCAGGACGAGCUAGGAGACUUUGCAAAUGAUGACUCCGUUGUCCAACUUUCUGAUGGCAGUGGUUACUAUUACAGUACCGUUGCUGUAUUCCAUGGACUCCACUGCAUACAGAGGCUUCACAACUCAAUAUACCCCGAGGUGUACUAUCCCGGGCUUUCCGAGGAGGAAGCAUUUACCUUGAGGCGGCAUACGGAACAUUGCCUAGAUUGGCUGAGAGAAUACGUUCAAUGCAAUGCUGACACCUCUUUAAUCCCAAUACAGUGGUCUGCGGAUUCUCCAGGACCCAUUGCUACGGAUACCGGGAAACAUCAAUGCGUCGUUUGGGAGCCCAUCUACGACUGGAUGGCAAGCCGCGCAUUCAAUCCAUCUCAGCCGGGUCUACUAGUUCACCCAAUCUUUGGUGACCCAUACAACCAAUCUAGCGAGGAGCACCAUGCACUGGGGAUUACUCCAUUAGGUCAAGGCGGUGUCUUACAUGGAGAUGGACAUCAUUAG